AUGGAGCCAUCCAAUGGAACUACACCUCGCCCUGAGGGGUCUGAGGGGGUUAUCAAGCCUCCAGAGGGUAUGGUUCUUCCUCCCAAGGAUAUUCGCAAAGCCAUCGAGACCACAGCAAGCUAUGUCGUUCGCCAUAAAGGUGUCUUUGAAGACCGUAUCCGCGAGAGGGAAAGGAACAACUACAAAUUCUCUUUCCUGAAUGCUGGAGAUGCCUACGAGCCAUACUAUCAAUGGUAUAUCGCCGAGUACAGAGCAGGUCGAGUCGGACCAGCACGAGCUGGCGAGGCUGUCGCCGCUGCGGAACCCGAAAAGCCCAAAGGACCACCUGAACCAUCUCCGUUCCACUUCUCUGCGCGCAUGCCUAUUAUCAAUGCGCAGGAUUUGGAGGUGGUGAAGCUCACGGCGAUAAAUUCCCAGUUCGACUUCUUGCGCCCACAGCAUAGUCUCUACCAAUUCUUCACGCGUUUGGUCGACCAAUACACUAUCUUGCUUCGCGACGAGGGUAUCGAUGACGUGACUUCAGCCACGAAGAGAAUCGAAGAGCUGCAACAAAGUGCAAAGAACAAAUUCCACGUCAUGGAGCGCGCUAAGCAGCGCGCAGAAUGGGUGAAAUACCAACGUCAACAGAAGCAAGAGAAGGAACAGCAAAGUGAACAGGAACGCAUUGAGUACGCCCAGAUCGACUGGCAUGACUUCGUCGUGGUCGAGACUAUUGAAUUCACCGAGCACGACAACCACGCAGACUUGCCACCGCCGACCUCCGCCAAUGAUCUGCAGUCCGCCUCCCUCGAGCAGAGAGCAUCCUUUUCCCUCAACGCACUCCGUAUCGAUGAAGCGAUGCCCAAUGGCCUUGACGAACCCGUCUACUACAACGCCUACCCAGUUCGACCAGCACCGAUGCCCGUCCCUCAGCCCGCCCCCCAGCCCGCAGUCGCGCCCUACCCAGCAAGCCCCUACCCCGCAGCCGGCCAGUUCACCAACCCUGCCGAAGACCAGCGCAUCCGCGAGCGGACCCAGGCGCGCGACCAAGCCGCCGCCGCCCAGGCAGCAGCCCAAGCCCCCCCAGGCCAACAGCCAAUGCGCAUCCGCUCAGACUACGUGCCCCGCGCUCAGGCCCGCCGUCAACAAGCCCAGAUGGGGAUCUGCCCUUACUGCAACCAGAAAGUGCCCUCCAACGAGCUGGACGAGCACAUCCGUAUCGAGCUGCUCGACCCGCGCUGGAAAGAGCAGCGUGCCAAGGCCGAAGCCCGCAGUGCCACCACCAAUCUGUCCACCGUCGACGUGGUCAACAACCUCAAGCGUCUUGCCAGCCAGCGCAGCGACGUCUUCGACCCUGCUCCCCUCGACCCCGAGGAGGAAGCUCGCCGCAAGCGUCUGUCUACGGGUCUCGAUGCCUCGGCUGGCCCACAGAACCCGAACGCCACUCCCAACCCCCAGAGCAUGAACAUCGAAGAUCAGCUCCGGCACAUUCACCAGCUUGCCAAGAAAUGA